AUGUCGAUAAUACCCAUCAACGAAGGUCAAGGAAAUGGUUCCAAUUCAAACACUCUGAACUUAUGGGAUCCAAAUCUCAUGUUUCAGUUGGACCCUUUCAUGGACUUUCACUUCCCACUCUCUUCUCCCUUUUCCAACUUCUUCCCUGAAUUCGGCUUCGGAUCAUCCACAAACACGCGUCUGGAUUGGAAAGAAACCCCUAGAGCUCACGUGUGGAAGGUGGUGCUUCCUGGCUUCACCAACGAAGACGUGUUGGUCGAACUCCAAGAUGAGAGGAUGCUUCAGGUCAGUGUUGAGAGUGGUAAUUUCAUGAGCAGGUUUAAGAUUCCAGAUGAUGGUAACCUUCACCAGCUUAAAGCUAAUAUGGUUAAUGGUGUUCUUGUUGUCACUGUUCCUAAGCUUGAACAUUCCUCUGUUUCUGGUGGUAGGAACAUUAGGAUCGUUGAAAUUGAAGGCACCGACUGA